ACUCUUGAGGUUAGGGGAAACCCAAGUUCAGAAAUCGCCAACUCGCUAGUUUUUUUAGUAACUCUGCCUUAUUUAAAAAUGGCGACCGGUGGUGAGCGGAAGGGAACGUUCAAGGUGGAAUUCCUGCAGAAAAUCGAACGCGAGAUACAGGAACGGUGGCAAAAAGACCGGGUGUACGACGUGGAUGCACCGGUCGAACCGCGGACAAGGGAUGACGAAAAGUUCCUCGUCACCUUUCCUUACCCCUAUAUGAACGGCCGACUCCAUCUGGGCCAUGCAUUUUCGCUCUCGAAAGCCGAAUUUGCCGUGCGCUACCACCGGCUGAAGGGCCGUAAAGUCCUGUUUCCGCUCGGGUUUCACUGCACGGGUAUGCCGAUCAAGGCCUGUGCUGAUAAGCUGAAGCGAGAGAUCGAACUGUAUGGCUGUCCGCCCGUGUUUCCGCUGGAUGAACCGGCGGCAGCUGAGGAAAAACCGGAAGAGCGUGAUGUGGUGCCGAAGGACAAAAGUAAGGGCAAGAAGAGCAAGGCCACAGCCAAAGCCGGAACGGCCAAGUUUCAGUGGCAGAUCAUGCAAAGCCUGGGGUUGAACGACUCCGAGAUUGCCCAGUUUGCCAAUACCGAUCAUUGGCUGGAGUACUUCCCGCCGUUAGCGAUCAAGGACCUGAAAGAGCUUGGCACGCAUAUUGACUGGCGCCGAACGUUCAUCACGACGGAUGCGAACCCAUUCUACGAUUCAUUCGUCCGCUGGCAGUUCAAUCACUUGCGUGCACGUGGCAAGAUCAUGUACGGUAAGCGACAUACGAUCUUCUCGCCGAAAGACGGUCAACCAUGUAUGGACCAUGAUCGUUCGAGCGGAGAAGGUGUUGGUCCGCAAGAGUACACGCUAAUCAAGAUGCUGGUGAAGGGCCCGUUGCCAGCAAAGUUGGCUACGCUGGUCGCUAAGCGACCUGUGUAUCUCGUGUGCGGUACACUGCGACCAGAAACGAUGUACGGACAGACCAACUGCUGGGUGCACCCGGAUCAUCACUACAUUGCGUUCGAGACGAUGAAAGGCGAGGUUUGGGUUUGUAGUCGGCGUGCGGCCCGUAACAUGUCCUAUCAAGGUUUUACGGCAAAGGAAGGCGAGCUGAAGGAGCUCGCUGAGCUUAUCGGACAAGACAUACUGGGAUUGCAGCUAUCGGCUCCGCUCACUUCGAACCCGAUCAUUUACUCAUUACCCAUGCUAUCAAUCAAGGAGGAUAAGGGCACAGGAAUCGUAACGUCGGUUCCUUCGGAUUCUCCCGAUGACUACGCUGCCUUGGUCGAUCUGCAGAAGAAGCAACCGUUUCGCGAGAAAUACGGCAUCAGCGAUGAGAUGGUGUUACCGUUUCAACCGAUCCCAAUCAUCGAAGUACCGGGAUUAGGUAAUCUUUGUGCAGUUUACGCAUACGAAAAGUUUAAGAUCCAAAGUCAAAACGAUCGCGAGAAGCUGACCGAAGCGAAGGAACUGGUGUAUCUGAAGGGGUUCUACGAUGGCGUCAUGCUCGUCGGCGAACAUCGUGGUAAGAAGGUGCAGGACGUGAAGAAGGAUCUGAAACAGUAUCUGAUCGAACGGAACGAGGCUGAUGUGUACUACGAGCCGGAGAAGACCAUCGUAUCACGUUCGGGCGAUGUCUGUGUUGUCGCUCUAUGCAAUCAGUGGUAUCUGAAUUACGGUGAGGAAGAAUGGCAACGCGAGACGACCGGGCAUCUGCGUACAAUGGAACUGUUUCACGAUGAAGUAUCUCGGAACUUUGAGCACUGUCUCGACUGGUUACACGAGUACGCUUGCUCGCGCACGUAUGGACUUGGCACGAAGCUGCCUUGGGAUCAACAGUGGCUCAUAGAGUCGCUUUCCGAUUCGACGAUAUACAUGGCGUUCUACACCGUCGUCCACUUGCUCCAGGAUGGUUCGUUCCGUGGCGAACGGCCUUCGCCACUUGGUAUCACCGCCAGCGAUAUGACGCCGGAAGUUUGGGAUUACAUCUUCUUUGCUGACGCAAAUCCGCCCUCCAAGAGUCGUAUCAAGCGUGCGGCACUGGACCGGCUGCGGCGUGAGUUCAACUUCUGGUAUCCAGUUGAUCUGCGAGUGUCCGGAAAGGAUCUCAUCCAGAAUCAUCUCACCUUCUUUUUGUACAACCACGUAGCGAUCUGGCCAAAAGAAGCAAACCGUUGGCCGCGAGGAGUCCGUUGCAAUGGGCACUUACUACUAAACUCGGCUAAAAUGUCCAAGUCGGAUGGCAACUUCUUGACGCUGUACGAAGCGAUCGGGAAAUUUAGUGCCGAUGGCACAAGACUGUGCCUGGCCGAUGCAGGCGACAGCAUCGAGGAUGCCAACUUUGUUGUUAGCAACGCCGAUGCAGGCAUACUGCGGCUGUACACCUUCAUCGAGUGGGUUCGGGAGACGCUGGCGUCCAAACCGUUGCUCCGUAAAGGUGCCCAAGAUGCCGGGUUCAACGAUCAGGUGUUCUCGAGUGAAAUGAAUUUGCUGACGAAGCAAACCGACGAGUUCUAUCGUAAGAUGUUGUUCAAGGAAGCGCUGCGCACGGGCUUCUUCGAGUUCCAGUCCGCACGAGACAAGUACCGGGAGCUGUGCGGUGCCGAUGGUAUGCACGUGGAGCUGGUGCUGGAGUUCAUCCGCCGUCAAUCGCUGAUGAUCGCGCCGAUCUGUCCGCACGUCGCCGAGCACAUUUGGUGUGACCUGUUGGGGAAUAAGAAGUCGAUUCUAUUUUCCUCCUGGCCUACUGUAGGAGCGAUUGACGAAAGGAAGAUCAAAUGCAGCGCCUAUUUGAUGGAAACCGCUCACUCUUUCCGUUUAGCUUUGAAGAACGCUACACAGCAAGGAAAGGCCAAGGGAGGCAAGCAGCAGGCGCCCGCUACCAGCGUAGUUAAACCAAGUGAAGGAACGGUUUGGGUAGCAAAGACGUUCCCUCCUUGGCAAUCCUGUGUGCUCGAUACGAUGCGUGCCCUGUAUGAAGCCAAUGGCGGAGGAUUGCCAGACAAUAAGAUUAUUGCGACGGAACUCGGUCGCAAGGAAGUGUUGAAGCGCUACACCAAACGCGUUAUGCCGUUCGCACAGAUGGUCCGUGAGCGCGUUGAAUCGGUCGGUGGUCCGGGAAAGCAGGCGAUGAAUGUGACCCUAGAUUUCGAUGAGUGCGAGGUGCUCGCUGCGAAUGUCGAGUAUCUGCGCAAUACGCUUGAGCUGGAAUCGCUGACUUUCCGCUACACAGAUGAUCCGCAUACGCCGGAAAAGAUGCGCGAAGAGGUACGACCCGGUGUGCCAUUUAUCGUCUUCACCACAAAGCCCUUCGUUACGGUGACACUGGAAAAUCCUGUCGAGCGCUCAGGUUUGUUCACGGUAACGAUCAGUAUCUCCGAUGGUGAUACUAGUCAAACACUGAAGGAGAAGCUGGCCAAGCAGCUUGGAUUCAAAGCGGAUCUAUCAGCGUUGGAAAUAUUGCGCUUUGAGGACCCAGUGCUCGGACCGAGGAGGCUGCCAACCUUCCAGGACUAUCGCAGCGGCAAAGUUUCAGUUGAGGACGGCACGUUUGCGGUGGAACCAGAGAAAAAAGAAGUUCGGCUGACCAACGGUUCCGUAAAGAAUCUGAACACUGGCACGAGCUUCAUUUACGUGAUCAACUGAAUAACCGCCACGGCCCAACAGCUCAGUUUAACUUACCUAUAAACCGUCGUAACAUAGAAAAGCGGUAUAAAUUCUUGAAAAAUACAGUACUUUAAAUUCAUUUUUGAUCC